AUAUAUAUAGUUUAUUUUUAUAUCAAGAAGUAAGAAAUAAUGGCUUAUAGGGGAGAUGAAGAUUAUGAUUAUCUGUUCAAGGUGGUGCUAAUAGGCGAUUCCGGUGUCGGAAAGUCCAACUUGCUCUCGCGUUUCACCCGUAAUGAGUUCAGCCAAGAGUGUAAAUCAACCAUCGGGGUUGAGUUCGCUACCCGCACCAUCCAAGUCGAGGAUGACAAGAUUGUGAAGGCUCAAAUUUGGGACACGGCUGGACAAGAAAGAUACCGUGCAAUCACAAGUGCUUAUUAUCGAGGAGCGGUAGGGGCUUUGCUUGUGUACGACAUAACUCGUCAAAUAACCUUUGAGAAUGUGGAACGAUGGUUGAGGGAGCUGCGGGAUCACACCGACCAAAACAUUGUGAUAAUGCUAGUAGGAAACAAGGCAGAUCUCGGCCACCUGCGAGCCGUCCCCACGGCAAGUUCAAUGGCGUUUGCGGAAAGGGAAAACACCUUCUUCAUAGAGACUUCGGCUCUUGAGGCACUCAACGUCGAAAAUGCCUUCACCGAAGUGCUGACUCAGAUCUAUCGGGUAGUCAGCCGGAAG